GCUACCCGAAUGAAGACAGUCACUCAACUCUUUCUGUCCCUGCCACUGGAGCGGAUUGAUGCAAAGCUGGUUGCCUCAUCGGUAGACUGGCUGAAGAGGGUGUUGGACGUUGGCACUGAAAACAGUCUUUCUGGCUUUCUGUGUCGACCCGCGUCUGCCUGGGAUUUGGCUCAGGAGCUGUUCAAGUUACUUAUUGUUAUCCAAAGUGGAAACUGGUGUAUCGAGCCUGCAGACCCCUGA